AUGGACCAACUAAAGAGAGAAGUACCAGUGGAAGCUGAGCCGAGGCAAAUUUCUGCUCCUAUACAAGUAAAGUCUAAUAAUGCUGGGUACUUCCCUUCAUCUACUUUCACAUUCAGACAUCCAGAUGCGCCGACAGGCUCUGUUCAAACCAAGCCUCCUUCGUCUUUCUCCGGAGCCGGUAAAGUACUCUAUCUUCCCGGUAUCCCGGAAGAAGAGUAUCCCGAAUCCCUAUUCUUUUCGCCAGAAUUCCAGAUGGGUCUGCUCUACGGGAAGCAACUCGCUCAACAAUCUGCUACUAUACUUUCUCAACUUCUUUCUCGCCAAAGAUCAGCUGGAGGCGCAGAAAGAAGUCCACAAAGAACGGCUGAUCUGACGGAUGGCCUGAUCCGAGCAAGCCAAUUUGAAUUUUCGACUGUUAAGACAAUCGCAUUUCUCGGAAAUUCUGGGGAAGGAAAAAGCAGCGUCAUCAACUCAUUGCUUGACUUUCCCAAUAUUGCUGCAAUAGGAAACUUGUCCGAAGCCUGUACCUCGAUUGUUACUGAGUACAAGCAGAAGGAGGCAUCGCAGACACAGCGUAUCAAAAUCGAGGUAGAGUAUUUUUCCGAGUUGGCCAUCAAAGAUCAUAUCAAGGAGCUUUUGUGGAGCUUCCGCCGUAUCUUUCUCCCCGACGUUGCAGGUGGCUCGGAAAGUAUGGCCUAUGCCAUAAAGUACCAAACUGAAUCAGAUCAGGCGUGGUCUUCCCUACAUACGGCAUUUGGGCAUGAGAAAGAUUUCAACAUACAAUUUGCGAAGGAUCAAUCUGAUGGGGCAUUUGAGCGUGUGUUAGAUCAGUUGUGUCAGUGGGCAGCGAGUAUUCCUUGGCCGCAAGGAGGAGCUGACGGGAAGUGGGCAACAUAUGCGGAAACUGCAGAAGAAUGCUAUGAGAGGACUGGUCUGUUCAUGCGAGAUAGACUUUGGCCAUUCACUAAGCUCAUUCGCAUUUAUAUCGAUGCUCCAAUUUUGAGAAUGGGGUUAGCCCUUGUCGAUCUACCUGGUCUCCUGGAUGUGAAUCUCGCACGGGUCAAAGCGACCCAAGAGUAUCUUUCUCGAUGUGACCAUAUUUUUAUCAUCGCCAAUAUUUCUCGAGCAAUUACCGAUCAGUCCUUGAAAUCAUCGUUGUAUGCCGCUAUCGCGCGUCAUGCACCCCUGGGCUUGGAAGCUUCGGCACGCAAAAGGGCGCAGAUUGCAGUUGUUUGUACUAAGUCAGAGUCCGAAAUCAAGAGCCUAUCUGCUAAAUUGCUUUAUACUCAUGAUGGGAAGCCACUUCUAUCUCUGAUCAAUGACAUGGAUAAAGCAAUUGAAGAAGCAAAGGACAACGGUAACUGGGGACUGAAAAAAGAUUUAAAGCACCAGAAGGAAGCAAUGCUCAUCCGAGCCAGGAAUAUUCGCGUGAAGGCUGGACUACAAAGUGCGUACGCAGAGAAAUUUGAAGGAACGACUUUGAAUACAUUCUGCGUAUCAAACAUAUGGUAUGAAAAGUACAGACAAAAAGGCACAUCUGAUGCUGCUCUCAGAAUGGUAACUACAAGUGGGAUUCCUGAAUUGAGAAGGUUCUGCUACUCUCUAUCCACACAGUCCAGAUUUGACGAAGCUAUGCAUUUUCUUCGAACCACAUUACCCAGUAUCCUCACCUCAAUAGGCGUGCAUGCCAAGCCCAAGUUAUCGUCGCCAACACAAAGGCCAGUUGAGAACCUAGCGAAGACUCUGAACGAGAUCACUAUGACUGAGAGGAAUUUUGGCGACAGCUUUGAAGAUCUCAUGCUGACAUUCUCGAAUCAACGACUGGGGCAUUGGGAAAAGGCUGCAAUCGAAAAGGGAAUAGAAUGGACCAAGUGGCACUGGCUGCAAUACAGGAUAUGGUGCCAAAAUAAUGGUGACCACAAGACCUUAGAUGGGAAACGCACGAAUUGGAACGGAGAACUUGUCUGGAAGAUGCGAACGGAGCUUGAUAUGCAGUGGGACUUGCUCGAAAAGGACAUUCCUGUGAUGUUUGGAAAGCUCCAGACCUCCAGUUCGGAACUCUUCCAACACUUAAAGGCCCACUUGGAAACCCAUGCAUUCCCACAUGCGAUGGUGCGCAGCAUUGAUCAUAGGGCGGAAGAAGUCAAGAGUUGUUUUGAAACGUCAAGACAUACAUUUGAAAUGGAACUUCGGGGAAUACGUGGCAAAGCCUUGGGGUCUAAUGAAUCGUCGUUCGUUCUACAAGAGAUGAUUCCCGCGUACCGAAAGGCAGUCUCAUACCAAGGGUCACACCCGGAAAAGGCUCUGCGGGAUCUGGUACAGGGCCGAAUUGAGAACGGAACACUGUUCCUGAACAUAUCUAGUGCUAUUGCGUGCGAGGUCAAGCAAGCUUCUCAAAGGGUGUUUGAUGAAAUGCAGAUAAUUAUGGAGAAGACAUUCGCCCUCAUUAUGAGCGACAUAUAUUCUGUGCUGGCCCAGAUAGAAAUCUGGAGUGGCGAGCUAGCGCGCAGGAAGUUGGAAGAAAGGCAGUACAUUGCACAGCUCAGUCCAAAGUUACAACGCUUGGAGAAGCAUUAUGAAAUCAUCCUCGGGACGAUUGAACAGCUUUGAGCUUCUUGUCUUGGACUAGCUGCUGUGAUGAACUGAUGUUGCUAUUAAGAAGGCACAAGAGGAAGCGAUAAGACAAGGUUGCGAUGCGACAGUUUGUUUAGAUAGAUCCUUCCUUCUCAUCUCUUCUCCUCUUCUCUUCCAUUUUGUUUCCUUUUCGCAGCUUCACUAUUUGAGUCGAAUGGAC